GAAUUUCAUUAACCAAGAUGACGUUUCAAGCAACUCACUUCACACCAUUCCAUUCAGACAACUUUCCACACAUAUGUUACCUCAUUUGUUUAAUGUGAUUAUUUGUGCUAUAUAGUUAUGACACAUCGACGUUGGUGAAGUUACAGCUGUUUGAAUUAUUUGUAGUUUAGUUCUUUUAUAUUUAUAAAAAUUAAAGAAACAUGGAGGGCGAAAUAAAGAGAUUGAAGGAAAGAAUUGCUGAAUUGGAAGGCAAGUCUGUUGAUAAACCUAUAAGAAGCAAAAUCCAGGAGAUGUCUUCUGAGGUUGUAGACAGCAAUCCCUACAGCAGAUUGAUGGCUUUGAAGCGUAUGGGAAUUGUCAAUAACUAUGAGAACAUUAGAAAUUAUACAGUUGCUAUUAUUGGGGUUGGAGGUGUUGGAAGUGUUACAGCAGAAAUGCUUACUCGCUGUGGUAUUGGCACUUUGAUUUUAUUUGAUUAUGACAAGGUGGAAUUGGCCAAUAUGAACAGACUAUUUUUCCAACCGCAUCAAUCAGGUUUAAGUAAGGUAGAGGCUGCUGCUGAAACCCUAAGUUCAAUCAAUCCAGAUGUUACAAUCAUGACCUACAAUUAUAACAUUACAACAUUGGACAAUUAUGAUCAUUUUGUCAAUAUACUGCUGACAUCUGGAUCAAAUCAAGGAAAAGUUGAUAUUGUAUUAAGUUGUGUUGACAAUUUUGAAGCAAGGCUUACUAUUAACACUGCUUGCAAUGAGAAUGACCUUGUUUGGUUUGAAUCAGGUGUUGCAGAAAAUGCAGUGUCUGGUCAUAUCCAGUUUAUAGAGCCUGGUAGAACUGCCUGCUUUGCAUGUGCUCCACCACUCAUUGUAGCCACUAAUAUUGAUGAGAAGACUUUGAAGAGGGAUGGAGUUUGUGCAGCUAGUUUACCCACCACAAUGGGAGUUGUUGCUGGAUUUUUGGUUCAAAAUGUUUUAAAGUAUUUAUUGAAGUUUGGCACUGUUACUGAGUAUCUUGGAUACAAUGCCUUAAAUGACUUUUUCCCUACAAUGAGCUUAAAACCAAAUGAGCAAUGUGAUGAUACAAAUUGUAUCAUUAGACAAAAGGAAUACAAGGAAAAGGUGGCCAAUACAAUUUCUAUUGUGGAAGAAGAGGAGAUUCCUGAUACACCAGUCCAUGAGUCCAAUGAAUGGGGUAUUGUUCUGGUGGAUGAGAGUAUACCUGCUCAAGAGUCAACUUCAAUGGUAUCAGAGGGUUUGUCAUUAGCUUAUACAAUACCAGCAAGUGGAGAUGUUAAACCACAGGAGGCAGCAGCUACUGAAAUUUCAUUAGAAGAGCUUAUGGCGCAAAUGAAAACAAUUUGAGUUUUAUAUAUUUUUU